AUGAUCACAGAUGACACAGGUCAACAUCUCCAAACCCUCCCAGAUGAUGUCCUGAGUCACUUACUGAGGUACCUAGAUCUUGAAGAGCUGCUGCGAUUGCAACAAGUCAAUCGUCAGCUGCGAGAACGAGUCAUCACCCUGGGAUUGCCACAGUAUUUGGUGCGCCAUGCCCAGAACCACGUCACAUUAUGCCCUCAACAGGACAGUUGGAAGCCCUAUGACCUCGUCCGCCGGAACCUGACCAUUCUUCAAAAUCUCAAAGCCCGACAAUGGCAUGCUUUGCAGAUUGGCCCGACAUGGCAAUCCCCGGUGAUUCCAACAUUGACACUGACCCCUUCCAUGUUGUUGCUCGGCGUUGGCGGGAAACUACUCGUGCACCCUCUUCAUGAUUGGCCUACAAGUGGAGGAAAAGUGGUGGGACGAGCGAAAGAGCAUCUGAUUGCGAGUAAAGGCACAGGAAGUGGAGCAGACAUUAUCGGAGUCGCGCCCCUCGUCGAUGACGGAUCUGCAUUUACUGUGGCUCAAUUCGACGGGACCUUGCAGACUUACACCUAUGAGAACUCUGGGCUCCGGCCAGGGACCAGGUGGAGACAUGCAGACGGAGCGAAUGUUCACACUCUUUCUGCAUCUUCCAAAGGUGAUUUGAUGCUCACAUCGACGUCUGCCGGAGUCGUGUCAAUUUUCUCCCCAACCUCUCCUCGAGGCCCACUAGAGGCCUUUUCACUACCCACUUCUGCCAGAGCUUGGUCAAGUCUAGUUGCAACAUCCCAUGCCUCGUUAGAUCCCUCAAUCAUGGUCGGAGUGCAUGGUGGCAUACUCAUCUAUCCGAUGAGCCCCACUGGGGUAGUGAACACUCCGCGCAAGCUGCUUGGACCAGACAAACCAUCCCGGUCAUCACCAUACUGCUUGACCUUCCCCUCUAAACCUUCAGUCCAUCACCCGUCGCUGCUUCUUUCCGCCUGGUACGACUCGCACCUGCGCAUACAUGAUCUCCGCUCUCCUGACAUUUCACCCCAGAUGGAAUUUGCAGACCCCUGGCAAUGGGCGGACGCAAGCGCCAUGUACUGCGCGACAUAUUUUGCCGAGAAUCACAUUGCCGGCGGAGGCUCACGCCACGGUACAGUCUCACUGUUUGACAUUCGCCAACCCAAAGCUGGGUGGUCAAUCUUCACACCAGGCGGCAAGGGCUCCCCCGUCUACGCGCUGCAGGGAGAGGGUGGAAGGUUGUGGGGAGUCACGGAAAGAAGGGCAUUCGCGCUUUCUUUCGAUGGCAGCGGUGGCAUCCCGGCCGGGCUUGUAGCAUCGAACGCGAGAGCCCCGCGUACGGAUGUGAGGCACACGCCUUCAGGAUGGAAGGGACGUGGUGGCAAGUGGAGAUGGACUGUGAGGUACAACGAGUCAGCGGACGUCUGCACAGGGUAUAACCACAGUGAAAGAGGGGUCAACCUGUUUGAGUCUCUCGCCGCGGCGUAG